UGAGCGCGGGCGCCUGGGCGAAGAUCCUUAUCUCCUGGCAACUCUCGCCCUGCAAGUGUCACACAUGCGAACUUGAGCGGAGUGCGGGGGGACCGGACUGGGGCUCGGCGCUGGAGGUCUGCGCGCCUGGGGGCCGCGGGGGAGAUGAGCAGAGGGGGAGGGCGAGGCUCUUUCGCUGCGCGCCUGGGGAAGUUUGAAGUUGCAGCUGCCUGAGUCCUGGGCGCGCCAGGGCGCGGGGCUCGGCGGGUUGCGUUUUCCGCUGUGUAGUUGGUUUAGGCGGCUCGGCCGGAUCUAUCUAUCGUGCCGGCGUCUAGGCGGGUGCUGAGGGGCCACUGCUUUGGGGGCAGCUUUGCAGGUUUCCGGGUUCUUCCCCUCCCGCGGCCAGGAUGGAGCUGAGAUCGGAAAUGCCCAGCGUCCCCUCGGCGCCCCCUCCGGUGCCCCCCAGCUCGGUGGCGGCCGCCGCCGCGGCCGCCGCGGCCGCGAGCUUGCCAGUGAGCGUGGCCGGCAGCCUCCUGCGCGGCCCCCCGCUGCUGCUGCGGGCGGCCGAGAAGUACCCGCGCACGCCCAAGUGCGCCCGCUGCCGGAACCACGGGGUGGUGUCGGCGCUGAAGGGCCACAAGCGCUACUGCCGCUGGAAGGACUGCAUGUGCGCCAAGUGCACCCUGAUCGCCGAGCGCCAGCGCGUCAUGGCCGCGCAGGUGGCGCUGCGCCGCCAGCAGGCGCAGGAGGAGAACGAGGCCCGCGAGCUCCAGCUGCUCUACGGCACCGCCGAGGGGCUGGCCCUGGCCGCGGCCAACGGCAUCAUCCCGCCCCGGCCGGCCUACGAGGUCUUCGGCUCCGUCUGCAGCGGGGCCAGCGGCGAGGGAGGCGCUGGGGGCUCGGACUCCAAGCUGCAGAAGUUCGACCUGUUCCCCAAGACGCUGCUGCCCAGCCGGGCGGUGACCGCGCAGCAGGCGGGCGGGAAGCCCCUGUCUCCGGACGGGGAGUCGGUGCCGGGCACCUCCUCCCCCGAAGCUCGCCACGGCUCGGGCUCGGAGAACGGGGACGGCGAGUCCUUCCUGAGCUCGCCCGUCUCCAAGGGGCCGAAGGAGGGGGAGGAGAGCCCGGGCUCCAUCAGCCCGCUGGGCUCGGACUCGGGCUCGGAGGCGGAGAAGGACGAGCAGGACCCGUCGCCCUCGGCCGGCGGCCGCCAGCGGACUCCCAUCGACAUCCUGACGCGGGUCUUCCCGGCGCACCGGCGCAGCGUGCUGGAGCUGGUGCUGCAGGGCUGCGGCGGGGACGUGGUGCAGGCCAUCGAGCAGAUCCUCAACAACCGCGGCCCGGACAAGGGGCCCGAGGAGAGCUGGGCCCGGGACGGCGCCCUGCAGCCCAGCCCGGCCGCCGCCGCCGCCGCCGCCCACCACCGGCCCCUGAUCGCCGGCACCAUGAGCCCGGCCAUCGGCACGCUGGGCAGCCGCUCCGCCUUCUCGCCGCUGCAGCCCAACGCCGGCCACUUCGGCGCCGAGGCCGGGGCCUACCCGCUGGGCACCCACCUGGGCCUCAACCCGCUGCGCCUGGCCUACUCGGCGCACAGCCGCGGACUGGCCUUCAUGGCCCCCUACUCCACCGCCGGCCUCAUGCCCACGCUGGGCUUCCGGCCGCCCAUGGACUACGCCUUCAGCGACCUCAUGCGGGACCGCUCCGCCGUGCACAAGGAGCAGGUCUACUCCAGCGGCCUCUACGGGCCCGUGCUCAACAACACCCCCGAGAAGCAAUAGGCGGAGCCCCUGCUGGGGAGCGGCGCCCGGCCGCCACGGACACGCUCCCUCCUCGCGGCCCAGCUCAGGCCUUGCAGCCAAGGGCAGGGCUGCCCCCCCCAGGGACUCCCUGCAGAGAGAGCGAGAGAAAGAGGGGGGGACUAUAUGGACACCGACUGAUUCGCCCCCCUUCCGGCCCAUUCCAUGGUCGGGCAGGGCGCAGACC